AUGACCUCCCCACUUGAAAUAUUGGCUAUCGAGCAAGCUCAUUAUCACAUUCUGUUCAUAUCUAUCUAUCUAUCUAUCACAUUUUGUGUAUAUCUAUUUAUUGCAUUCUGUUCAUAUCUAUCCACCACAUUCUGUUCAUAUCGAUCUGUUGUGUUCUGUUCAUAUCUAUCUAUCUAUCUAUCUAUCACAUUCUGUUUAUAUCUAUUUAUUGCAUUCUGUUCAUAUCUAUCCACCACAUUCUGUUCAUAUCGAUCUAUUGUGUUCUGUUCAUAUAUAAAUAUCUAUCUAUCUAUCUAUCUACACACUUACACAAAGUGUAUAUCUAUCUAUCUAUCUAUCUAUCCACUUACACAAAGAGUAUAUCUAUCUAUCUAUCUACAUACACACUUACACAAAGAGUAUAUCUAUCUAUCUAUCUAUCUAUCUAUCUAUCUAUCCACUUACACAAAGAGUACGCUCUCCAUGUUUCUGUAUCUAAAUAAGCAACUUCCAGAAAAGUAUUGGCACAUUAGCAUGGAGAGAGAAGGCAUACAAAGUAUAACUCUCCAUCUAUUAACAGAUGUAUAA